AUGUACCACAAAAAAGAAGUAGACAUCAAAGAAGGAAAAGAUCAUGGAAAGAGUGACAGCAGUAAGAAACAAUUACCCAGAUUCUCUGAAGGUACCCGUGACAAAAUAACUCCAUACUUCUAUGGUGAGAAACUAAGUCUUGACCAAGAUUUAGUGGCAGAUGGUUUCCCAGCCAUCACAAAUAAAGUUAUUGCUUCAGUUUCACCACAAGGCAUAAUUGAGCUCAAAUAUCAGGAUGGAUCCAGUGAAUCAAGUUAUCUGAUUCAACGUCGCAAUUCAUUCUUUGAUUUACAUAACCCAGAUCUCUCAAGGCUGGAGUGCAGACCCAAACCCAGUUUUGAAGAAUGUGAGGAGUUCUUCAAAAAUUAUAUCAUUGCCUUUGGAUUAUUGCAUACAUCCACUUUUAUGUUUCCGUUUGAAGGUGACAGUAAUGAUGUAAGAGCUAUUACACAUGAAAGAGAAGAAAUAUAUAAAGAUGACAGUAUACCUCAAAUGAUAAUCGGUAGACGAACAUUACAAGUUAGUGAUGAAGAUAUAGAUAGCGCUUACAUGCCUCAUAGAAGUCCAGCAGACUUUUGUUUUACCAUUGGCAAAUUUACUGGAAAUGAUACUGACUCAAAGAGCAAAACCCAACUGCUGAGAUGGGCAGACUCUGUUCAGGAAGAAGAACAUAUUACAGCAGAGGAAAAAGGGAUACAUACUAUCAAAUCCCCUGCAGGUGCUGUUGCUGUACGAUCAGUUCAUUCAGUUGGGAGUUAUAAAGAGUCUGCUGAUGAGAAGGAUGGUGUAUUUGAUAUUACUGAAAUUAAGAAAGUUGCAAGCAGUUCAUUUAAGACAAUAUCAUUUGCUUCUCUUCAUACAACUACAUCCAAUGAAACUGCUCCGAUACAUGCUGAGGAUUAG